AUGGGUUGCACUGUGAGGGAGAAGCACGUGAGGGCGAACCGGAAGAUCCGACCCGCUUUGAAAUCCGAAAUCGAAUCGUGUUGUUUGCUCGACAGGCUUGCUCUAUCGAAAUCCAUCGUUGAGUCGAGCCUGAAGAACCUGGUUUAUCAUCCAGGUCUCACUGAUUCAGAACAUUGUAUCCACUCGAACCCUAGCUGCAGUUUCGAGGAGAACAUUUGGGGUUAUUGCACAGAGGAGCAUCUGGAAGAGAUUCUGCUGAAACAUUUGGAGUUUCUAUACAACCAAGCCGUUUCCAAGCUUAUGGAAUUGGGUUAUGAGGAAUGCGUCGCGAUGAGAGCGAUUUUGAGCAACGGGCACUGUUAUGGUGAAUCGGAUGUUUUGUCGAACAUAGUGCAUAACUCAUUAUCUUAUCUGAAAAGUGGUGGCGGUGGCGGCGGUGGUGGUAACGGGAAGAAUGAGGAUCAGCCGGAGACUGGUUUCACGGAUUUGAGAGAUUUGGAGGAGUAUUCGCUCGCCGGUAUGAUUUACUUGCUGCAACAGGUUAAGCCAAGUUUGAGUAAAGGUGAUGCGAUGUGGUGUUUGCUAAUGAGUGAGCUCCAUGUUGGUAAGGCGAGUAACGUGGAUGUUCCAUCUUCAGGGAAUAGGGCUAGUUGUUGCACUAAGGAAGAUAGCAAUGUAGAAGGAGGCUGUAGUAAUACCUUUGAUCUUACUGGUUUCAUGGCGCCGGCGUUGUGUCGAUUCCAUGGAGGUUGGGAAUUCGAGAACGGAGGAGGACCUGAGUUUUCCGGUAAGGGGUUUUCGACUAACAAUGCUGAGUUAAAACUGCAGAGAGAGAUCGUGUGUCCGAAGAGGUUUAAUCUUUCGCCGGCGAUGAAGGUCUUGUUGAAGCGGAAUGUGGCGGCUUUUGCUGCCGGGUUUCGUGCUAGUAUGAAGCAGAAGCAGGUUGAGUCUGAGACUGGUGGUAACAACACCGAUCCUGCAAGCGUUGAGGCUUGUGAGCAGCCAGGUAACGUAAAGAGUGAAGAGAGUGUUAGUUUGGUGUUGGAGAAGUUUCAAGAACUGAACAUUGAUGAUGAUCUGAAAGCGGUUGGUGAUGAUGAUAAGGAUGGUGUGGUUGUCACUCUGCUUCAUCAGGUCAAAGAUCUCGAGAAGAAGUUAAUGGAAAGGAAAGAUUGGGCUUUGAAGAAGGCGAUGCAAGCUGCACAAAAGGUAAGCGAUGAACUUGCGGAGCUUAAAUCAUUGCAUAGUGAAAGAGAAGGGAUCCAACUGUUGAAAAAGGGGAAACAAGCUGUUGAAGAAUCAACCUUGAAGAGAAUAUCCGACUUGGAGAACGCUCUUAGGAAAGCCUGUACUCAAAAUGACAGGGCAAACUUGAUUGUGAGAUCUCUUGAGAACCAAAAUGCGGAGAUCCGAGCAGAGAGGGAGGGUUGCAAACUAAGUGCGUCGGAAUCGCUUAAAGCCUGCAUGGAAGAGUCAAAGAAGGAGAAAAAAUUCUGGAAGAAGCUUUUGGCAUGGGAGAAGCAGAAAUUGAAGUUGCAGGAUGAGAUUAAUGCUGAGAAAGAGAAGAUCAAGGCCCUUUAUAGGGCUUUAGCUCAGAUCACAGAGGAUGAAAAGGCAAAUGAGGUGGAGUGGAGGCAAGAGCAGAAAGCAAAAGAGCAAGCUCUAGCUCAAGUGGAGGAAGAGCAACGCUCAAAAGAAGCAGCAGAGGCACACAACAAGAGAAAGCUCGAGACUCUACGGCUAAAAAUCGAAAUAGACUUCCAGCGACACAAGGACGAUCACCAAAGGCUCGAGCAAGAGCUAUCUCGGCUCAAGGCCUCUUCAGACACUGACUCAAGCCACUUACCAAACAGCGUUUGGAAACCGGAGAAGUCUCAAGGAGAGAACAUUGCUAAGCUGCUCGAAGAGCUCGAUAAGCUUGAAGGGACUUAUGAGAAUGAAGCAAGCAAUGAUCGAGAAUGCAUAAUCUGUAUGAAAGAUGAAGUCUCUGUGGUGUUUCUUCCUUGUGCUCAUCAAGUUGUGUGUGGUGGUUGCAGCGAUAGCUUCUUCUCGGGCAACGACAAUGGUGGAAGCAAAGUCACUUGUCCUUGCUGCAGAGCUUUGGUUCAGGAGAGAAUCCGUAUCUUUGGAUCAGCCUCGUAA